UAUCAACUGACAUUACUGCUACUACUGACAGUAUUGUAUCAACUGACACUACUGCUACUACUUACUGUUUUAUAUCAACUUACACUACUGCUACUACUGACAGUAUUAUAUCAACUGACACUACUGCUACUACUGACAGAAUUAUAUCAACUGACACUACCACAACUGAUGCUACUGUAACUGACAGCACAACUGCUACUGACAGUAUUUCUACCACUUCCACGACUGACCCUCUUCUUACCACAGGUGGUACUACUACUAUGUACACAUUUAGUACUGACAUGGUCAGUGCCUCUUCUACCCCUGACACAUGGAGUAUUACUGCUGCAGAAACAAGUACCACUAGUGAUACACCACCUGACAAUGUUCCUUCUAUCACUGAUUUGACUACUUAUUUCACUAGUACUAGUAAUGCUGACAACUUUCCUACUGUAGUGGGAACUACUACUGGAACUACUACUGCUGUCAGUAGUACUGUUCGUACGAUGGGUACUGAUGAAUUCCCAGGCUUUAUUGCUACCACAAGACCGACGGUGGACACAGCUCCAUCCAUCCCAGCUCUGGAGACAGCAGACAAUCUGGCCAAGCUAGCUCCCACAGAACCAGACACAACCUCUCCCAGUACCACAUGUAGCACCUCCAGGCCAAGCACUGAUACCAACAACCCCACAAUUCCAGAGGUGUCUUUUUUUGACCCAGUGACUCCACCCUCUGACUCCACUUCCUCAUCAGACAGCACAGACUCCACCUUUUUUGGGACUGGUACUACCAACCCGAUUAUCGGUACUACCCUAUUUGCCGAAGUUACCACAUCAACUGGAGUCCUGCCUCUAACAACCAUCCCAGACACAACGCUGUCCAGUGAUAGGCCUCCACCUGGGACAUCUACAUCCAUUGCGUCAGCCCCAUUCAGUCAGACUGGAACUGCUUCACCAACAAAUUCUCCUGAUGUUCCUUCAAACUUUCCAAUAGAUACACCACCUCCUGGUGUACCACCUCCUGAUUUACCUCCUCCUGAUGGACCUCCUGCUGAUCUUCCUUCUCCAGAUAUACUUCUUCCUGAUGUACCACCUCCAGCUGUACCUUCCUCAGAUGAACGCCCUCCUGAUGUACCUCCUUUUGAUAGACCUCCUGAUGUACCUCCUCCAGAUAAACUAUCUCCUGAUGUACCUCCUUUUGAUGGAGCUCCUCCUGAUGUAUUUCCUCCAGAUGUACCAUCUUCUGAUGUACCUCCUUUUGAUGGAGCUCCUCCUGAUGUAUUUCCUCCAGAUGUACCUCCUCCAGAUGUACCAUCUCCUGAUGUACUUCCUUUUGAUGGAGCUCCUCCUGAUGUACCUCCUCCAGAUAAACCAUCUCCUGAUGUACCUCCUUUUGAUGGAGCUCCUCCUGAUGUAUUUCUUCCAGAUGUAACUCCUCUUAAUGUACCAUCUCCUGAUGUACCUCUCCUAGAUGUACCAUCUCCUGAUGCACCUCCUCCAGAUAUACCAUUUCCUGAUGUACCUCCUCCAGAUAUAUCAUCUCCUGAUGUACCUCCUCCAGAUGUACCAUCUCCUGAUGUACCUCCUGGUGAUUUUCCUCGAGCAGUGCCAGCUUCUAGGACUCCAAACUCUCCAACAGAUGUACCUCUUACAGCUCCCAAUGCUACGGUAGAGUCCUUGCCAUCUCCCCCUAAGGGAGGAGAAGGUGAUGCUGCACCAGACAAAAGCUCUUUAGAUCGGUCUGAACCUGUUCGUGAUUUGGCUCCUGUGGACUUCACCUUUCCUUUUCUGGAAGAUAAAGAUUCAGUUGAACCUGGACCAGAUUCUGGAGCAGAUGCUGGACAAGCUUCUGAAUUGGUAACUGUAGGUGAUUCUGGAAUAAUUCCAGAUGCUCCUGGGCCAGAAUCAGUUGAUACUGGACUGGGUUCCAUCUCAGAGGAUCCAGAUAUAGGGGACAAACAGAACAGUAGACCGAAAUCCAAUGAACCAGAUUCCGCUGCAACAGAUCGUACAGGUCCUGAUCUGGAAUAUGGACCAGAAUCACCUCCAGCAGUAGAUGAUCCAGGAGUAGGAAUUUCUCCUUCAGCAGCUCAGAAGGAAGAAAAGUCUGGGAAGGAUUCAGCUGCUGAUGGGUCACCAGGAUGGUCAGAGUCCAUUGAAAAGAAAGACUCUCAACAAGAGAAGACAGGAGAGCAGAAAGAGGAGAAAGCUGCUGAGGCCAAAGAGGAAAUGACAAAGGAAGCUAAAGAGGAAACAAUGAAGGAAACUACAGAAGAAACAAAAGAACAAAAGAAGGAUGAAGGUCAGAAGGAGAAAGAUGACAAAGGUUAUGAGAAGAAAGCGACCCAGAAGAUUCUGAUUCCAGGCGGACCAAAGGUCAGUCAACUGUCCAAAAUCGCCUACGUGACCUUCCAGGAGUGUGAGUGUAACGGACACUCCAACCGCUGCAGCUACAUUGACUUCAUCAACGUGGUGACGUGUGUGAGCUGCAAACACAACACGCGAGGACAGAACUGUCAGUUCUGUCGCCUUGGUUACUAUAGAAAUGCCUCGCUGUCACUGGACCACGAGGACGUCUGUGUGGAGUGUGAGUGCGACACGCAGCGCAGUGUGUCUCCUCACUGCUCAGACUCUGGUCUCUGUCAGUGUAGAGGCGGAGCCACAGGGCGGCGCUGUGAUGCCUGUUUACUUGGACACACUUGGAGAGGAGCUGAAGCCGGCUGCACAGUGAACGUUUGUGACGAGGAGCGUUUGAUUUGUCAGAACGGAGGAACCUGCGUCGACCUCCAGCGUUGCGUCUGUCCGGACACCUUCACAGGUUCCCUCUGCGAGCAGAGCAUCUGUCUGAAGAAGAGCGGUUGCCUUGACAACGCUGAAGGCUCCUCCUCCUCUCUGACAUCACACCUUUGCCUGCUGAUCCUGAGUCUGAUCACCUACACCCUCUGACCACGCCCACCGACCCGAAGCCACGCCUACACAUGACAUCACAGAGGGACAUGUUUAUUAUUUACUUUUAUUUUUUUACUUAACCUUUUGAAACAGGACAUUACAUUACUUGUGAUGUCAUUAUCGUAGUCUUCACCUGUGAGUGUGUUUUCUGGUUACCAUGGAUACGGAUGAUUGUGUUAGAUUUGACGGUCAAAGUUCAAAUAAUCAAAAGUCUGGAAAAAAACAUCUGGAAAUAAAAACAACAAGAACUUA